CUUACUGACGAUCUCCCCCAACACACCAUGUUAUCACAUGUAGAGGGCUUAAUAGCUGAGCAACAUCCCGAAGGUGCUCGACCGCGCAUGGUCAUUUCGAAAAUGGUUCUCAGAAAUUUCAAGUCGUACGCAGGGACGGUUGAAAUAGGGCCGUUUCAUAAGUCCUUCACCUCAAUAGUCGGCCCCAACGGGUCUGGAAAAUCGAACGUUAUUGACUCGCUCUUAUUUGUGUUUGGGUUCAAAGCGAAGAAAAUGAGACAAGGAAAGCUAUCUGAACUCAUUCACAACUCCACACACCACCAGAACCUAGAUAGUUGCAGUGUCGAGGUGCACUUCCGCGAAAUAAUAGACCUGCCAGGGCCGGAUGCUUUUAGCAUGGUCGAAGGCUCUGAUCUCGUUGUGUCACGAUCUGUUGAACGAGGCGGGAGUGACAGAGCGCCAGAUAAGAGCAUCUAUCGGAUCAAUGGACGGACGAGUAGUUUCACAGAGGUGACCGGCCUGCUAAAAAGUAAGGGUGUUGACCUGGAGCAUAAGCGGUUUUUGAUUCUUCAGGGGGAAGUGGAGUCAAUUUCUCUCAUGAAGCCCAAAGCCCAAAAUGAACAUGAAGAUGGGCUGCUCGAGUAUCUAGAAGACAUCAUUGGAACCUCCCGCUAUAAACAACCCAUCGAAGAUGCAAACAAGCAGCUCGAUGAACUAAACGAGGAACGUUCAGAGAAGCUGAACCGACUAAAAUUUGUGGAGAGGGAUAAGAAGUCAUUAGAGUCGAAAAGAAAAGACGCCGAAGACUUCAUUCACACAGAAAAUCUGCUUAAGAAGAAGAAGAAUGCACUCUAUCAUAUUUACCUCGCCGAGUGCACCCUUGAAAUUGCCAGCCUUAGUUCCACCAUAGAGUCCCUAAAUGUCAAACAGGAAGGCGAAAGCCGGAGGUUCAUGACGUUGAAAGAAGAAGUGAACUCGUUGGAGGAAAGACAUAGUACCAUACAGAAUGAUUACAAUACUAUAGCAGCAAAGGCCAAAUCAGUUCGGGACGAACUGCAACGAUAUGAUCGCGCGGAGGUCGAACUUAAAGAAAAGGAAGCACAUCUGCAAAAGAAGCUGAAAAAGCUUUCCAGUGCCCUUCACAAAGAGAGUCUGCAGCGUUCGGAGAAUGAAACUUGGAUUCGCAACUUCGAUGCGGAUAUGGAGAAAGCCACAAUGGAGGCUGGUGAGCUGGCAUCACGACUUGCCGCCGAGGAGAAGGCACUCGAAACAAUCAGGGAAAGUCUAAAAGGCAAGACGGAGGUCUUUCAAAAACAGAUCGAAAAGAAGCAGGAAGAGUUAGCUCCCUGGAUGGAGAAAAUAAAUGAAAAGCAAGCGGCAUUAGACGUUGCGUCAUCGGAGAGGGAACUACUAGAGCAGAAAAUAACAUCUUCGAAAACUGCAUUGAAGGAAGCUGAGCAGAAAGUUGUGGAGCUUCGCGCUUUACUUGGGCGGAAGCAAAAGGAGCUUUCGCUAAUACGGGAGUCGCAAGAGGCUCUGGAAGCGAAAAACAUAAGUCUCCAGAAGGCAAUGCAGGAGUGCACGAUUAAGGAACAGGACCUGCGCAAAUCUGUCACGCAGUCACGGCAGAAGGCGGACGAAGCGAAGGUGUCCCUGCAGGCAGCUCAAACCAGAGGCAAAGUGCAUACAAGUUUAAUCCAGCAGAGCCACACCGGCAGAAUUCCAGGGAUCUGUGGACGGUUGGGAGACCUUGGCGUGAUUGAUGAUGCCUACGACAUUGCCGUCACCACCGCAUGCGGCGCCCUCGAUGCAAUUGUCGUUGAUACGGUAGAUGCGGGACAGCAAUGCAUCGAAUUUUUGCGAAAGCAAAGCCUUGGCCGCGCAACCUUUAUCUGCUUGGACAAGCUUAAACAGGGAAAUCGAGAGCCCAUUGACACUCCCGAAAGGGUCCCCCGUUUAUUUGACUUGAUCAAACCUAAGCAUCCCAAAUAUGCUCAGGCUUUUUAUCAAGUGCUGCAAGAUACUUUAGUGGCAAAAGACUUGGAGCAAGCGAAUCGGAUAGCUUUCGGUAAUUCGCGACGGUAUCGCGUUGUUACGCUUGAUGGACAGCUUAUUGACACUUCGGGGACCAUGAGCGGCGGAGGAAACAAACCACAGCGUGGGGGAAUGAGCUCUAAAUUUGCAGCUGACGGGGUCACGCAAGCAACUGUGGUCCAACUCGAGAAAGAGAAGGAACAGAUUGAAGGGGUGUUGCAAGAGCUGCUCGAGAAGCGCCGCCAGUUGGAGCAGCAGAUUGAUGAGUGUGGACGCCAGCUGCCCGCUGUUGAGCUAGAAUUGACAAAAGUUGAAAUGGACGUGAAGUCGCUGCAGGAAGGGUUGGCGGAUGCAGAGAAGCAUGCAGAGAUUGUCAGAACUCAACAGCAAGGGCCGAGUACCGAAGACCUGUCUCGCCGCGACGAACUCAAUAGCAUUAUAUCUAAGCUCACCAAGCAGACAAGUAAUCUGCAGGAAAGUGCGACCGUAAUUCAAGAAGACAUCAAGGAGCUACAAGGCAAAAUUCUCGAAGUCGGCGGGGUGCGGCUAAGAACACAACAAGCGAAGGUUGAUGGAGUUAACGAAGAGAUUGGCAUAAAUAACACGAGAAUGACGAAGCUGCAAGUGGAGCGGUCAACAAGAGAUAAAGCAGUGGCUAAGAUACUGAAAAGUAUUCACAAGAAUCAAACUGAACUCGACAGUGUUAAGACAGAAAUCGAGAGCAUCGAUGCAGAUCUGGAGCGUCAACGGUCCGCAGCUAGUCAAGUGAAGGGGAAAGUUCAAGAGGCUCAGCAGGUGCUGGAGACGAAGGAAACAGAGCUGGAGCAAAUAAAGGAAAUACUUGACGUCAAAACAGAAGAGAUAAACGAAAUGCGCAAACUUCAGGUCGAAACUAAGGCACAGCUUGAAAGAGCGAAGGAGGGAUUGGCAACCAAAUUGAAACAACAGAAGUAUUAUCAAAACGAAAUUUCGUGUAAUCUUCGAUUACAGUCAACUGGGUUUGAGUCAGAUGACGAGGACCUGGAGCUCGAGCAGUACACAGCCGAACAGCUGGGCGCCUUGGACAAGGAAGAAGUGGAAGCGGAUAUUCAAAAACUUCAAGCCAAAGUGAAUGAGGGGACCCCAAACCUGACCGUUCUCGAGGAAUACAGGCAGAAGCGUGAGGCGUAUCUCGCACAAGCAAAGGUGUUGGAGGAGGUAACUCUACGACGUGAUGAAGCAAAGAAGUCUUACGACGAGCUCCGGAACAAGCGGCUGGCUGAAUUCAUGGAAGGCUUCACUGCUAUAUCACAAAAACUGAAGGAAAUGUAUCAGAUGAUUACUCUUGGCGGUAACGCCGAACUAGAGUUGGUUGAUAGCCUGGAUCCCUUCUCCGAAGGAAUUAUAUUCAGUGUCAUGCCGCCCAAGAAAAGCUGGAAGAACAUUUCGAAUCUCUCUGGUGGGGAGAAAACGCUAAGUUCGCUGGCUCUGGUGUUUGCAUUGCAUCACUUCAAGCCGACGCCUCUCUACGUAAUGGACGAGAUCGACGCGGCCCUCGACUUCCGUAAUGUCUCAAUCGUGGCAAAUUACAUUAAAGAAAGAACGAAGAAUGCACAGUUUGUAAUAAUUAGUUUGCGAAACAAUAUGUUUGAGUUGGCCGAUCGGUUGGUAGGGAUAUAUAAGACGGAUAACACGACGAAAAGUAUCACCAUUAACCCUACUGCUGUUGCCUGAUAUUAGUGUACAUAGUGCGGAGCCGAUGGGUAUUGGCACUAGUACAAAGAUUCCAACCAAUUUAAUCAUAAUUUUACUCGAUUUAGACUCAUGAACUAUGGUUUGAUCCACAAAAUCCUAUAUAAGUCAUCGUCC